AUGUUUGACAGUCACGUGGACACGAUAUUUUCAGAAGUGAGCAACGCCAGCAGCGAUGCCUCAAAAGAGAGCAAAGAACCCAGACUACAAUUGGAUAAAGAAGCCAAAAUUGGUCGAAACCAGGAUUCGCUCAAAAAAAUUGGUAAAGACGCGGAACCGGUUGUUUUCAACAUGGAGAGUGUCAGGAGACGUAUUGAAGAGAACAGGAGUAUCGUAAAAACAGAUUUGGGAUCCGUAGAAGACAUGAAAUUCGAUCAAUACGACACCAGAAGGAAAGUCUCAAAUGUGAAAACCAUCAAGCGUACAACGAAGCUGGCAGAGGAGCAGCGUACCCAGUUGAUGCCGGCCGAUCCUCCUGAAGACCGUGAACUGACCCUUCUGACACCACAUACUUCUACGUCAUCUAUCGCGAAACCAGUGGAGAAGCCUGUAGCUUGA